AUGUCUAAAAGAAGAGCCAGGCCCUUGUUCGAACAAGAUGGCUUUUUGUUUCGUUUGGUGAAAACUCUUGCUGAUGGCACCGACCUUUUGUACUGUGAUAAACGACAAACAAUAGGUUGCACAGCUAGCGCCAGAAGGAUCAAUGGUCAGAUCAUUCCACGAUCAGAACAUAUUGGCCAUGAAGCCGAUAAUGAGGUUGCAAGUGCUAAAAUUGCAAGACAUACUAUCAAAGAGAUAGCGGCUAGCACAACUUGCACUCCGAAGGAGUUACUGAAUGAAGUUCAAGCUUCCCUGCCUCUUCACCUAGCAGGUUCUCGUGAUUCUUUAACUAAGAUGAUCUAUCGAGCAAGAGCGCCAAGGCCUGAACCCAGAGUUUCUACGUUAGCAAUGGAAACAGAUACGGAUGCUGAUACUUUCUACAACACAUACCAGAAUUCUCCUUCAAAUACUAGUAUUCAAGAAGCUUUGAUGAAUCUCGUAAAAGAAGAAAUGGAAGAGGUGCCAGAGAUUGAGCACAAGGAAGAAAAAGAAGUCUCAGCAUUACAAAACCAAAUGGUGACCGUUCCGGUUGACAACUAUUUCGAGAGAUUACAAAGCAUUGUUCGUGAGGCUAUCAAGGAAUCUAAUGAAGAAAUGAUAGCGGAAAUCAAAACUGUAGUUGGAACUGUGACCAAAUCGGCUGGCCCCAGCGAAUCCUCCCAAGAAAUAACUAAAAACUUAAACGAUGAUAUCAAAACAUUUCUGACGAGUUUGACCAACUUAGCUUCACACUUGGAAUCUGGAGAUUUGAAACAACGGACAGAAGCAGUUCUCAACAAGUUUGCUAAUAAUAAAUUGGAAGCCUCAUUGGAAGAUAUCCUAGAUGCGACGCUCAACAGUCUUGAAAAUCUUUCGAAUCUUUUGAGUUUAUCAAUAGAUGAAGUGACAGUUUGGUCUGACAAUCCAUCAGCGGCCAUCGACACGACUGCAUUGAAUGCUUCAGAAACGGAAGCGGCACUUCCUACAGUCGGGAGUGCUCCUCCGAUUCGAGAAGUGAGACUACUAGAUUGUGGAGCUGCUUCGGAUCCAGAUGCUCCUAUCUUGAUACGGAAGUUGACGAGCAAUCGAACUAUAAUCUUUUUUAUCAACCCAAGCACCAAGAGACUCGACACCGGUGAGAAGAAUAUGAAGAUGGUGUAA